GUACAAAAUAAUUGUUUUAUAUUUCAAUUUGUAUAUUUUAUAGACGUUGCACUUUAAAUAUAUUAGUUAAUCAGAUGCAGCUAUUACCUUACAGAGUGCACUGGAAUAGUUGUGAAUGAAAAAAGGUUUGAACCCAUUAUGAUAUGGACACCCGGUAAUAGGUUCGCGGUGUUUGCGCAGUUUUUAGUGCUUAGUUUUUAUCUUAUCUUUGACUCGAAUUGAGAAGUGACGCGCAGACCAAAAGUAUUCGUUCAAUGAUUAAUCAAUUCAGUUGCUUGGCUAUGCAAUCGCGGUCGUCUCUAAAUCUGACAGUUUAUCCUUCAGCACAUAGAUAAAUAUGGUUAUAUGCCUUCAUUCGGUAUUUAUCGGCGUUUUGCGGUCAAGUUGAAUGCUUUGAAUUGAGUCAAAACACACGACUAGUUAGAAUUGCGAGCUUUAGUUUCAAUUUGCCAACGAUAGCGCGCGCACCUCGAUAGCGGAAUACUUUACAUCCACUCGUAACCGAACCAUGUACAAAUCAAACUAUGUCAGGAGUGCUACGCUGAUCGCGCUUCUAUCCACGUGUUGCCAGGCGUACGAGGAGCGUCCAGAUUUCUGCAUCGAAACGGAACCAAUGCUCUUGUCGGAUAUAAAACGUCAAAUGCUUACUCCUAUAGAAAAUCGAACAAAAUGCAAUAUAACAGCAACAACUCUGACGCCGAACGAAAAGGAAAGACUGUUUGAUACCAUAUGCGAGGAUCACGGCUCCUUAACUAUCAAACGCAGCAAUCAUCACUUCUUCAAGCUGCUCAACGGAGAGCUGUUUGGACGUGGAGUACAGAACGAGCUAUGCAAAAGCAAAGUUGAUUCAGUGCUGGCCUGGGUGCCAUAUAAAAUCAUGAUGCAAAACUAUGCAGCAGAGCUGAAUCCCAGUGAGCGACUCAGCUACAUUGCCAAGGCGACCAGUGUGGAGCGCGAGAAGACGGAGCUCUGUCAUUUCCGUCACACGGAUCUGGUCAACAAUGUGAUGGACAAUCUGUUCACAUGCGUGGUAUUGAUCUUUGAGGAUAAUUUUUACGGCGUUGACGACAGCAUAAAUGUUCUAGUGGAGUUGCAGCCAGUGAUGUACCAGCUCCGCAAUAUCACCUACCAGCCAUGGCGCAACGUAACCAAUAGCUAUAAAAUGCGUCUCGGCGACGGCUUACUCAAGAAUCCCAGUGGGCAGCGAAAGCCUAUCUAUGGCACCCUUAGCUAUGCAUUUGUUGAAAAGAUUCGCUUAAACACGAGCACCAUUUACAACAAUGAGCAGCUGAAUAAAUUACCGUUGCUGCUGGAGCACCGCGGCUCUAUGGUAGAGCUGGAUAUAGACGGUGUGGGCGGCAUAGAUGUCCAAGAACAGGCAUAUUUUGGACGCACCAUGGAUGCCCGCAGCGAAGUUAAAGUUCAGGUGAUUGGCCAGUGGGUGGAUCAGCAUCGAGAGAUCAGCGCCGACAUGUACAAUUAUUAUGGCUUUGGCCUGCAGCACUAUAAACAGCCAAUAUCUGGAGUACAACUGACAUUCGUGCGCAUCGACGAAACCGAACCAGCAUUCGAAUCACCAGAAUCCGAUAAUCUGGUGAAAGCGUCAUUGUUUAGGGAUAUGGACUCAGCGCCGGCAAAAUUGAGCAAAAAUGGUUCCGCGGUAUUUACGGAGUGGGAGGUGGAUCAUCAGCAGGCUGACGAUUCGUCCUUCUAUCCAUGGUUUGUGAUCAGUUGCCUGCUCUUUGGCAUAAUUGUGCUCUUCCUAGUUUAUGGAAUUGUUCGCGUCUACAAUAAAAAAACAAAGGAGAGGCAAAAAUAUGAGCUAGCCAACACUAGCAGCACGCAGGCUAAUGCCGCUUGUUAA